UCUCUUCCGCUCAGAUGUCCUUGUAGCUAUGGAAACUCAUCAGCGGCUGCCAGCAUCCUCCAGAUUGUCCACCCCUUCGACUGGACAGCUAAGCUAAAUUUGCACGUUGAAUAAUCGACUCAAAAUGGCGUUCUGGCGUCAAACGCCUUUCUUGGUGCUUUUUUCCUGUCUGUGUAACAGUACAGCUUUUGCUGUAAUACUCCGAACAACUGAAAAAUCUGUGUGGGCAAAUGAAUUUGAUUCGAUUGAAUUGACCUGCUUGAUAGAGUCCAUUUCUACAAACAAUCCCAGAAUUGAAUGGAAGAAAAUUAAAAACGGUGUCCCCAGCUAUGUGUAUUUCCAAAAUAAAAUUUCAGGUGACUUGGAGCACAGGGCUUUGCUGAGAGAGCCUGCAAACCUUCUGAUCCUGAACACCAGCAGAUCAGAUACAGCACAAUAUCGCUGUGAGGUGGCGGCCAUCGACGACCAGAAGCCCUUUGAUGAAAUCCUAAUCAGUCUCGCUGUAAGAGUGAAGCCGGUGUUGCCCAGGUGUAAUGUGCCAGAGGCAGUUACGGUGGGUUCGAGCACUGAACUGCGCUGCAUUGAGAACGAAGGCUUUCCACAGUCACAGUACCAGUGGUUCAAAAACAACGAAGAGCUGCCAGAGGACCCAAAAACCAGCAGCAAGUUCUACAAUGCUACAUACACCAUGAACACUGAGACUGGUUCGCUGAAAUUCCGGUCGGUGAAGAAAGAGGAUGCGGGUGAAUAUUAUUGUCAGGCCAGAAAUGAGGCAGGGUGGUCAAAAUGCAGUCCACAGCCCAUGGAAGUGUAUGAUGUGGACAUUGUGGGGAUUUUCCUGAAGGUGUUAGGUGGAGUGGCAGCAUUUGUUUUUGUCAUUGUGGGAAUCUGUCAAAUUCAGAAAAGUGGCAUCUGUUCCUGCAAGGAUCACAGGGAAACCAAUUACAAAGUACCCCAACAUGACAAUAGGAUUGACUACACGAUUCCAGAUGAGGGACAUUUUCGCCACAAGUCCUCUUUUGUCAUAUAAAAUCAAAGAUGAGGAGAUGAGCGCUUCAGCUGUGAAGGCCUUUGUGAGCCGACUUCUGAACUGUCUAACUGUGCAUUUUACUGUAUGCAGAGGUCCGACUCGAGCUUCACGGCUUGCCAAAGUUAUUACGAAAACGAAAACGACUGUGUUAAACAGGGAAUUUUUAUUUUUGAUUUAAAACAGAACUCAAACUCCACAGUUUAUACAUAAAAAUGACAUUUUCAACUAAUCAGUGCUCAGAUUUAUAGCUACUACAUGCAUCUUGUCAAGUAAAAUCAAAAAGGACUGAACUUAAAAAAUGAGUUUGUUGAGUCUUUCCAAAUACUUGUGAAUUUUUGAAUGUCAGUGACAGACUUGAAAUGAGGCUAAUGAUGUUUUUUUGUUAUGGUAUCAAGGCCUAAAUUGCAUCCAGGUGCUGCUGUAUUUUUGCCCCAGAGUAGUCAAGACAAAAUACCAGUGCAAGAAUUUACACGUCUUCAAGGUAAAUAUUUUAUUUCCCACUGGAAAUAGCGUUUGACUAAACCCUGUCAGUGUAAAUGUGUACAAUGCCAUGCAAGACUGUUUUAUCUGGGUCACUUUUGACAGGAGGAUUUUAUGUGUUAGUGUUUUAGUAGUAGUUAUUUAGUUAGUGAACUAUAUACAUUUGUAGCAUUUUAGUUUGACAUUUGACCAAACAUCUCCAUAAAGUCAGUAGACUUAGUUGUGAAAGAUGAUUCAUUUACUUGGUUUCAUUUUUGAAAUAUUCCUCUAGAUACAGAUUAUGCACUUGUGUUUUUUUCAGAGUGCAAUUUCUGUGUUUAAGUGACCUUCAAUACUUUAUAAUUGUUUUAUACGUUUUGGACAUAUUGUCCAGGUUUUCUGACGUUCUUUGUGUUAUUGUUUUAAUCUAUUUAUAAUAUCUGCAUACACUGUAGUUCACGUCUUUAGAGUAGUAGUUAGACUGUGGGCCGUGUCACAAGAAUAAACAUGAUUAUAUGGAAGCAAUCAACAUUGUCUAUCCUUUUAUUUUGUUUUUAAAAAUGUAGCAAUUGGACCAUCAAAUUUACUUUGCAGUGGAACUUAGCUUGAUGAACAAGAAAUAAUCACAUUAUUUUCAUCUUUCUUCCAUGUUUUAGAAGUAAUUUGACACACUAUGACAAUAUAUGGUCUUCCUCAUGGCAUGUCCCACUGUCAAAAACAAUAGACCGUUCUGUCAUUGUACUUUAUAUGCGAUGCAGCUGAAUAUAAUUAAAGAGUAAUAGGCAAAUAUAAUGGAUAUGCCUAUGCAAAUUUACCUGUCCUAUCAGAACUGAUUGGUGUAAACAAAUGUAAAGACAGUAUCUCUUAAUUGAAUUAUUUAAAGUGUUUAAUGGCAAAACUUUUCAAUGUACCUGUUGUUGUUUUUUUAAAGCACAGUACUAUACAAUUGUUUACCUAUUCAUACUAUUGGGUGCCAGCCAAUGGGCAGACAGAAUCUGAUUUGGUGUAGUUACGCAGUCAAUAAUAAACCCAGGUGAUGAAAAAAAAAAAUCAAAUAUCUGACAUUCCAGCAAUGAUUAGAUGUUGAAUGUAUAUCCUUACUAUUUAAAGCUACACUGCAAAAAUAAUAAUAAUAAUAGUCUUAACCAGUAUUUUUAAAAUAUUUUUUAUUGCCAUUGACAAUGUCUUUUCUUGUUUCAAACAUGAAUCGCAAGUGUAUGCAUAAAAAAAGCCAAGAAUUAUUUGCAAAUUGCAAAAUAAAAAUGAACAGAAUUCAGGAAAACAAGUCUUGCACAGUUUUGCUCGUCUUGUCAAGUACAUGCAUAUUGUUUUAAGUAUGUUUAGAUAUUGUUUUAAUGUAAAACCAGAAAUACUGAUUAAGAUUUCUUUUUGCAGUGUAUAUUAUAAGAAAAAAAAUGUCACAUGUUAAACUGUUGUCCAAUUAUUUUUUUGUAAUGUGUGGUUUGUGUGAUGUGAAAUGAAAACAUUAUCAGAGAUGAAA